GGGCUGUGGGGAGGGGGGGGGACACCCUCAGCUGUCCCCUGGGUGGCCCCAAGGCGGGGCAGAGGUGUCCUGGAGGGCUUCCUGGUGGUCACUCGGGUCAUGGUGGCCUGAACCACCAUGGAGUUCAACAAGGAGGAAUUCCGGCGCCAGGUGGGGGCCGGGCUGGGCCGGCUGCACAGGUUCCUGGAGCGGCGCCAGGAUGACCCCGAGAGCCUGGAGCUGAGCUCGGGGGGGGGAAUGACCCCGACGCCGCCGCGGCCGCCGGUGCUGGACUGCACAUUCUGCGGGCUGCCCCGGCGCUACGGGAUCGCCAUCCUGUGCGGGAUCGGCUUCUGUAUCAGCUUUGGCAUUCGCUGCAACCUGGGCGUGGCCGUGGUCAGCAUGGUCAACCCGGCCCACGGACAGCACGCCCAGUUCAACUGGGACCCGGAGACAGUGGGGAUGAUCCAUGGCUCCUUCUUUUGGGGUUACAUCGUCACCCAGAUCCCCGGCGGCUUCAUCGCUCAGAAAUUCGCUGCCAACAGAGUGUUCGGGCUGGCCAUCGUGUCCACCUCGGUGCUGAACAUGCUGAUCCCGUCGGCCGCACGCACCCACGUCGGCUGCGUCAUCGCCGUGCGCGUCAUGCAGGGGCUGGUCGAGGGUGUGACCUACCCCGCCUGUCACGGCAUCUGGAGCAAGUGGGCCCCGCCCCUGGAGCGGAGCCGCCUGGCCACCACGGCCUUCUGCGGGUCCUACGCGGGGGCAGUGGUGGCCAUGCCGCUGGCCGGCGUGCUGGUGCAGUACACGGGCUGGAGCUCCGUGUUCUACGUCUACGGCAGUUUUGGGGUGUUCUGGUACCUGUUUUGGGUGCUGGUGUCCUACGAGAGCCCCGCCCAGCACCCCACCAUCUCCCCCGAGGAGCGCAAAUACAUCGAGGAGAGCAUCGGCGAGAGCACGGGCAGCAACCCGCUACUGCUGGCCACGCCCUGGCGCCACUUCUUCACCUCGAUGCCCGUCUAUGCCAUCAUCGUGGCCAACUUCUGCCGCAGCUGGACCUUCUACCUGCUGCUCAUCAGCCAGCCCGCCUACUUCGAGGAGGUCUUUGGCUUCGAGAUCAGCAAGGUGGGGCUGCUGUCGGCGCUGCCGCACCUGGUGAUGACCAUCGUGGUACCCAUCGGUGGCCAGAUCGCCGAUUACCUGCGCUCCCGGGGGCUGAUGUCCACCACCAACGUCCGCAAGAUGAUGAACUGCGGUGGGUUCGGCAUGGAGGCCACGCUGCUGCUGGUCGUGGGCUACUCACACUCGCGGGCGGUGGCCAUCUCCUUCCUCGUGCUGGCCGUGGGCUUCAGUGGCUUCGCCAUCUCCGGAUUCAACGUGAACCACCUGGACAUCGCCCCGCGCUACGCCAGCGUCCUGAUGGGGCUGUCCAACGGCGUGGGGACACUGUCCGGCAUGGUGUGUCCCCUCAUCGUGGGGGCACUGACACGCCACAAGGUGAGGGGACAAUGGGGGACACUGUCCGGCAUGGUGUGUCCCCUCAUCGUGGGGGCACUGACACGCCACAAGACGCGCGAGGAGUGGCAGUGGGUGUUCCUGAUCGCCGCGCUCGUGCACUACGGGGGCGUGGCCUUCUACGGCGCCUUCGCUUCCGGGGAGCCGCAGCCGUGGGCGGAGCCUCCGCGGGAGGAGGCGGAGCCUCUGGCGCCGGGGGGCGGGGCCAGCGACGAGGAGGAGGAGGAAGGCGAGGAAGAUGGAGGAGGAGGGGUCGGACCCCCGGGAGGGCCCCCCGCGAGUUACGGGGCGACCGGCACCACCCCGGCCCCCGGGACCCCCCAUGGGUGACCCCCAAAGACCACAACCCCCACCCAAGGGACCCCCCCCCCCCCCCAAGACCCCCAGGGACACACCGGGGAGCCCCCGCUCUCCUCCCGUUGCCCCAAGACCCCCGAAAGCCGGGCCCCCCCUGCGCUGUACAUAUAUAAAUACAAGGAUCGGCCGAU